UGACAUUAUACUCACACAAGCCACAAAGAGAUUGGACUAUCUACCCUGGGAAGACUAUUUCAUGGCGGUAGCGUUUUUGUCUGCCCAGCGGAGCAAGGACCCAAAUUCUCAGGUUGGUGCUUGUAUCGUUAAUGAAGAGAAAAAGAUCGUUGGUAUUGGCUACAAUGGGAUGCCCAAUGGUUGCCAUGACGAUGCAUUACCAUGGAGUAGAGAAAGCGAGGACUGGCUGGAGACUAAGUAUCCUUAUGUUUGCCACGCCGAGCUGAACGCCAUCAUGAACAAGAACUCUGCGGAUGUGAAGGGAUGUACUAUGUAUGUAGCUCUCUUUCCCUGCAACGAGUGUGCUAAGGUCAUUAUCCAGUCGGGGAUCAAGAAGGUCAUCUUCCUCUCCGAUAAGUACCACGAGAACGACACGAUGACGGCUUCAAGGAGAAUGCUGGAUUAUGCUGGAGUAACUUACAGUAAAUUCACACCAUCUAAGCAAACAGUCACGAUAGAUUUCUACACAUUGGAUCCACAAGCAAGACCCAAAGACGAGAACAAAAAAGAAGAGCAACCCUAACUCCUCACAUAUCAGGGUUUGUCUGGUAAUAUUUAUUUUGCUCAAACUGUUUUUUUUUAUUUAAACAGAUCUUGUCUUUCCAGAUUAUUUGUACAUCUUAUUUAUAUUUUCAUAUCACUAUAUUGGUGAUGCAGAAUGUUUGUAGAACAUGAGAGAGAAAAAAAAAAGAAAUUAUUAUUAUUAUUAUUUAAUGGUUUAUUCAGUAGACAUGUAUCGCAGUAAAAACUGAAUUACACAUGCUUUACAGGAUAUCAAUUAAAAAUACAUGAUAAAACAAUACAGAGACAAUU